AUGGCUGAAGACUCAGAGUUGUGGGACAUCAUUUGUGAUGGUCCUCAUGUCCCUAUAAACAAAGAUGAAGCUGGCUUGGCAACCACUCCAAAAACAAGGAGAGAAUAUACAGAGGUAGAUAGGAAGGCUGUGGAGAAGAACUAUAAAGCAAAGAAGAUUCUUGUCUGUGGUAUAGAAGCAGAUGAGUACAAUCGAAUCUCAUCAUGUACAACUGCUAAAGAGAUUGGGAAGCUCUCCAAACUGCCCACGAAGGGACAACGCAAGUUUACCUCUAUAAUCGAUGAGCUGAACUCUUUAGGAGAAGUCAUCACAACUACCAAACUGGUGAGGAAGUUGCUUGGUGUUUUACCUGAUUCUUGGGACAGCAAGGUAAAUGCCAUCCAUGAAGCCCAAGAUCUCACCAAGCUGACUGUUGAUGAACUGAUUGGAAAUCUCAAAACGUAUGAGAUGAAGAUGACCAUGAAGAAGAUUGAAAAGAAUAAAACAAAGAAAGAGAGAAAUCUAGUUCUCCAAGCUCCCAGAGGAGAUUCAAGUGAUGAUGAGUCUAAAAUGGCUUAUCUUCCACGAAAGUGUGGAAGAUCUGAUCACUUCGUUAAAGAAUGCCCUCAGAACAAGCAGGACAACUGUGACAAAAUUGUGAGGAGGAAUCAGUUUCCCGACAGAAAAUUCAGAAGAAAGGAGUCUGCUGAUGAGAUAGUAAAGCAGGUGCUUGCAGCAUGGGAGGGCUCCUCCAGUGGAUCUGAAGAUGAAGUUGACCAAGGAAUCACAUCAAUGGUGGCCAUAGAAAAUGAAGCAACCAAAUAUGAGUCAAUCUUUGCACUCAUGGCUGAAUCAGAGACAGAUGAUGAUUAUAAGAAGGGAGAGGUAAACUUUCAUGAAGUCAAGAAAAAUUUGAAAGUAUACUCUCAGAACAAACUCAUAUCACUAUCAAAUGUGUUAAUUAAUGCGUAUCAUGCUCUCAUUACUGAAAAAGGUGAACUGAAUGAUGAGAUCGGUGAAGGUGAACUGAAUGAUGAGAUCGGUGAAGUGGAGCAAGAAAGAGAUGACCUGUUAAUCUCCACUGGGGAUAUGAAGAAACAAAUCAAUGAGACUAAUCAACAAAACAUUAUGUUGGAAAAUCAAAUGAGAAGGGGCAUGGGAGCUUCCUAUAAAGGAAAGAAUGAAGCCAGUAAGGCUCAAGAGGAGCUUGAAAAUAAACUUAAGAAAGUGAAACAAAGUCUGACUGCGGAGAUUGAGAAAAAUGAUCUACUAAAAGAAGAGCUGAAGAGGUUGAGGAGAGAAGAAGCUGUCAAGACGAUUGAUGAAUAG